UGCGCUGUGAGUGGCCGCCGCCCCUCCUCCGCUCACAGGGAGCGAGCGAGCGAGAGAGAGAGGGAGAGGGAGAGAGAGAGAGCCAACCCCCGGCGGCGCUCGGUAUGUGGCGGCUCCCGAGCUGAGGGCACCGUGAGCGGCUGCUCUGAGGAGAGGUGUUAUGGACAGGUAAACGAGAACAAUUCCCAAGAGCAACAAUGACUGAAUGCUUCCUGCCACCAACAAGCAGUCCGAGUGAACACCGCAGGGCUGAACAUGGCAGUGGGCUGGCCCGGACACCCAGCUCCGAGGAGAUCAGUCCAACAAAGUUCCCUGGACUCUACCGUACCGGUGAGAACUCUCCGCCUCAUGAUGGGCUGCACGAGUCUGCUGACAUUGUGUCCGAUGACGAAAAGGAACACGGAAAGAAAAAAGGAAAAUUUAAAAAGAAAGAAAAACGGACCGAGGGAUAUGCGGCCUUCCAAGAGGACAGCUCGGGUGACGAAGCAGAGAGUCCGUCAAAGAUGAAGAGGCCAAAGGGCAUUCAUGUCUUCAAAAAGCCGAGUUUCUCCAAGAAGAAAGAAAAGGACUUUAAAGUCAAAGAGAAGCCAAAGGAAGAAAAGCACAAAGAAGAGAAACAUAAAGAAGACAAACACAAGGAGAAAAAGUCCAAAGAUUUGACAGCGGCCGAUGUUGUGAAGCAGUGGAAAGAGAAAAAGAAAAAGAAGAAACCUGCUGUAGAGCUGGAAGUUGUGCAGGUGGAAAUUCCCUUUUCCCUCAGGCCCAUCUUUGGAGUCCCGCUAACUGAGGCUAUAGAGAGGACUAUGCUGUACGAUGGGAUCCAGUUGCCAGCGGUUUUUCGCGAGUGCAUUGACUACAUUGAACGUUUUGGCAUGAAGUGCGAGGGGAUUUAUAGAGUAUCAGGUACCAAAUCAAAAGUUGAUGAAUUGAAAAUCGUGUAUGACCGAGAGGAGUCUCCGAAUCUGGAGGAUUAUGACGCAAACACAGUGGCCAGCCUACUGAAACAGUACCUCCGUGAACUGCCUGAACACGUCCUCACCAAGGAGCUCUUGACACGGUUUGAGGAUGCUUGUGGGAAGGGCACGGACUGUGAAAAAGUGCAAGAGUGCCAGCGGCUAGUGAGAGAACUGCCCAAGACUAAUUACCUCCUUGUUUCUUGGCUUAUCAUCCACAUGGAUCACGUCAUUGCUAAAGAGAGUGAAACGAAAAUGAACGUCCAGAAUAUUUCCAUUGUUCUUAGCCCCACUGUUCAGAUCAGUAAUCGUGUGCUGUACAUAUUUUUCACUCAUGUCAAAGAGCUGUUUGGAGACAUGGAGUUGAAGCCGGUGAUAAAACCCCUUCGUUGGUCCAAUGUGGCAACGAUGCCGGCCUUGCCUGAGACCCAGGAGACCAUCAAGGAAGAGAUUCGACGACAGGAGUUCCUGCUUAAUUGCUUGCACAGAGACCUACAGGCUGGCAUAAAGGACUUAUCCAAAGAGGAGAGGCUGUGGGAGGUGCAGCGAAUUUUAACAGCACUAAAACGCAAGUUCCGGGAAGCAAAAAGGCAGGAAUGUGAAACGAAGAUAGCCCAAGAAAUUGCUAGCCUUUCCAAGGAGGACGUGUCUAAGGAAGAAAUGAAUGAGAAUGAAGAAGAAGUCAUUAAUAUUCUACUGGCUCAGGAGAAUGAAAUCCUGACGGAACAAGAGGAGCUGGUGACAAUGGAGCAGUACCUGCGGCGACAGAUUGCUACCGAAAAAGAGGAAAUUGAACGCCUGCGAGCUGAGAUUGCAGAAAUUCAGAGUCGCCAGCAGCAGCAUGGUCGCAGCGAAACUGAGGAAUACUCCUCAGAAAGUGAGAGCGAGAGUGAAGAUGAAGAAGAGCUGCAGCUCAUCUUGGAAGAUCUUCAACGUCAGAACGAAGAAUUGGAAGUAAAGAACAACCACCUGAACCAGGCGAUCCACGAUGAACGAGAGGCCAUUAUUGAACUGCGAGUGCAGCUUCGACUGUUACAGAUGCAAAGACUGAAACAAGAGACUCAGGAAGACGGAGACGAACUUGCAAAAGGCAAUGCUGCUCCUCAGCAGCACAGGGACAAUGUGGCUGAGACCAAGGUUGUGAAGGAAGCAUUGAAGCCCUCUCCAAAUAAAGAUCGUAAGGAGACUGCAAUCUAAAGAGCUCUGUGCAACUUGCACAAAUGCAUUGCAGACGCACUUAACUCUGACCAGAAAGCUGUACAAGCAGUGAACUGUAACAAUUCUUAUCCUUUUCUACAGUUUAAUUUUUGGUGAAUAAAGUUACAAUACCUGAAGUAUGACAGAUAAAAGCCAUGAGGUGAAUGGUGUUGGUAAGCACAGAGAAAUAUUGAGUUUUUUUUAAAUGGAAAUAUGGGUUUUUGUCUCCUUAUGAAGGACUGUGAACAGUCUCUAGGCCACUUUUUUUUUCUUUUGCAAUUAUGCAUGUGGAAAGUACUUUAUUUUAAAUGGAAUUUUCCCUAUAAAAAAAUCUAUAUAUUUCUAGCUGAGGAUCAGACAGUGCCAGGGAUGUUCAGGGUCGAGGCCUUUUAAGAAACUUAAUACUAAAUACAAAUGAGUGAUUAACUAUGAAUUGUUACCCAUGAGCAGAGUUGGUAAUGUGUGUGUGGUUGUCAGUAACCUGUCUUUUUUUAAAACUGUCAGUAUUUAUCAUUAAUUAAAUGGUUGGCUGUUUGCUUAGAUGUUACAAUGAUACCAACCUGAAAUUUAGAUUGUCCUGGACUUCUGAUAACUCCUGCUUUUGUACAGUUGUUUGCACUGAUCCAUAAUUUAAAAUAAAAGUAAGAAAAUGCCCAUGAUGUGUGCAUGCACAAAGCCCUUUGUCGGGAACAGGCCAGAGCUGCUUGUCCUCAGAAGCACUCGGUUUCACGGUGCAGUUAUGGUUUUCAAUGUCUCUGAAGUGCCAUUUUGCUGCCACUAAUGAUAGUGACUGAAGAGCAUUUCAACUUGUCAAUCUACCUUCCUAAGUCCUGUGUAAUAGGUUCAGUUUAACUGCUGAAUAAAACACCUUUAUUUGUUCUCAGCUUA